UCCCAACGACAGGCAUCCACUUCAUUUGGCUUUCGACGGGAAGACGCGGUUGACCAUCGAUGGCCGCCGCGACGGCGACGGCAGCCUUCGUGGUCGUGCGCCCACGCAGCCGAGACUCAGCUAGCCACGCCUCUUCUCUCUCAACCGCCGUCGCCGGCACCCGCACUACUCUUGUCCACCACCGCGGCCACGCUGCACGCCGGCGCCUCCCGCUCUCUCGAGCCCGAGCUCUGCUGCCCCACGGCCUCCCCCUGGUCCUGGUCUCCGACCACUGGGGCAACUGGACGGUCCUCCUGUCCGCGGCCGCGCUGGGCGUCUGGUCCGAGAAAAGCACCCGCGCCGGCAAGGCGCUGAGCGGCGCGCUGGUGAGCGUGCUGCUCGGCCUCGCCGCCACCACGGCCGGGCUCGUCGCCGCCGACGCCCCCGCCUACCGCGUGGUGCUGGAGUACCUGCUCCCGCUGGCCGUGCCGCUGCUCCUCUUCCGCGCCGACCUCCGCCGCGUUGUCCGCUCCGCCGGCGCCCUCCUCCUCGCAUUCCUCCUCGGAUCUGUGGCGACGACGGUGGGCACGGUGGUGGCGUUCGCGCUGGUGCCGAUGCGGUCGCUGGGGCCGGACAACUGGAAGAUCGCGGCGGCCCUCAUGAGCCGGCACAUCGGAGGAGCCGUCAACUACGUGGCCGUCGCGGAGGCCCUGCAGGUGACCCCGUCGGUGCUGGCCGCCGACAACGUCAUCUGCGCGCUCUACUUCACCACGCUAUUCGCGCUGGCCGCCAAGAUCCCCGCUGAAGAGACGGUGCAUUCCAAAGAGGGAGUCAACGCCAGCGGCGAGCCCACUCCGGCUGCCGGCGGCGGCGACAGGCUGCCGGUCCUGGAGAGCGCGACGGCGCUGGCCGUGUCGUUCGCGAUAUGCAGAGCAGGCAAGCACAUGACGGCCCUGCUGGGCGUACAGGGCGGCAGCCUCCCCUGCAUCACAGCAAUCGCGGUGGCGCUGGCGACACUGUUCCCCUCGCACGUCGGCAAGCUCGCCCCCGCCGGCGAGGCCAUGGCCGUGAUCCUGAUGCAGAUCGCCGUGCACCUGCUGGUGAUCUUGGGCGCUGGGAAGCUGCUGGGGUUGGAGGAGAAGCUGCUGCUCAUCGCGUCCAGCCACCGCCUGCGGCAUGGCCACCAGCAAGGGCUGGAGCUCCCUGGUCGUCCCCGGGAUCCUCGCCGGCAUAUUUGGCAUCGCCAUCGCCACCUUCCUCGGCGUCGGUUUCGGCAUGUUUGUCCUCAAGCACAUGUGACGCAAUGCACCUGCACUUGAUAGAAAGAAGAGAGAAUCAACCUGUAGUAGAGCCUGAUUUCAUGGGCCUUGUUCAGUCGGGUUAUCACUGAAACUGAAGUGAGUUCCUGUUCUGAUGGUGGGAAUGGUUCCUGUUCUGAUGGUGGGAAUGGUUUCAACUGGUAAAAAAUAGGUUCAGACAAUGGUAGGAUGCACUGCACUAAUAUAUAUGUAAUGUAUGUAUGGUCAUGGAAUUGCCAACUGAAUCAAUCAUGUGCUAUAUGGGAAGCUUGUAAGU